AAAGGGAUACUGGGAAUUAUGACAUAUGCAUAUUAUGGUCAUGAAAUAAUAACAGAGAAGCAACAUGAUGAUGAUGAUAUGUAUGCUCAGAAAAGCAACAUGAUGAUGAUAUGUAUGCUCAUCCCUAAAUCUAAUAUCCUCCAAACUCGUCGGAAAGUAUUAUUAUAUAUUUAUAAUUACAAUUAUGGUUACCUGCUCCCGCUCCUUGAGUGCUUCUUAUUCUUAAAGUUGUAUCUACUCAAUUUGUAUUCUUAUUCUUAUUAAACACAAAGACAAAGACAAGGUUCGUUUUCUUUAUGAAACGAUGGGGAAUGUGAAUGGAAAUCCUUCAGAAGAAGAAGAACAAGAAGGUUGUGCAACUGUGCCCCCGAUGGGUCAGUCUCCCCCUACCAGCCCUACGGCUACCCAUUCUCCAUUCAUCUUCACUCCUCAAGUCCCAGUGAUUCCUCUACAAAGACCGUAUGAGAUGCAUGUUCCAAAUCAUUCCUGCAUGCAAACGACUUUAGGGUAUGAAGAUAUGUACAGUGAACUAGGAAUUCCAACAAUGAUUACUUGGAGUUAUGAUGGAAAAGAAGUAGCUGUGGAGGGAUCAUGGGAUAAUUGGAAAACAAGAAUGCCCCUGCAGAGAUCAGGGAAAGACUUCACAUUAAUGAAGGUACUGCCGUCUGGUGUUUACCAGUACAGAUUUAUUGUGGAUGGACGGUGGAGGUACACUCCAGACUUGCCAUGGGCCAAAGAUGAUGCUGAGAAUGCUUACAACAUCUUGGACUUACAGGAUUAUGUCCCUGAAGACAUUGGAAGCAUUUCUAGUUUCGAACCUCCUCAAUCACCAGACACGAGUUAUAACAACUUACCACUUAGUUCUGAAGAUUAUGCAAAGGAGCCCACAUUAGUUCCUCCACACUUGCAAAUGACACUACUAAAUAUGCCUGCAACAAGUUUGGAAAUCAUACCUGCUAUGCCAAGACCUCAACAUGGAGUGCUCAAUCAUCUUUACAUGCAGAAAGGAAAGAGCAGUCCUUCAGUGGUUGCCCUUGGUACAACUCAUCGGUUUCUCGCCAAAUAUGUCACUGUGGUGCUGUACAAAUCUUUGCAGAGGUAAACCGUAAACAUAAAUGACAUGGACCAUAGUUUUUAACGCCUUCUAUUAUAGUUAAUAGAGCUUCACGUAAUAUAGUUAUGAGAGAGAAAUGAUAAGCUACAUAACGGUCACUACACGAAAGUUAAGAUUGUAUACCAUAUAAUGCGAUUGCUUAAUGGCCAAUUAUCAGACAAUUUAGUUCCAAUUCUUAAAUAUUUGGUGGUGCUUUCUCUAGGAAUUUUAAUUGAGUGAUUAUAAGGAUAAAAAUAAUUUACUAAAAGUGUUCUUAUCAUGUAUAGUUGGAAGAGCAAUUUGUUGGUUAAGCUAUUUUGCAACCCAUAUCUACCACGUGCAUUUUCUUUUUUAGAUACUCUCAGAUUGCUUUUUUUUUUUC